AUGCCAAUGAUAGAAGUUGACCAAGAUUAUAUAUAUGCCAAUGAUACUUAUCAUAUAGAUACUCAUUUAUACAUAUUAGUAUCGGUUUGUAUAUGGACUGUGUUAAUGUCAACAAUUGUCUUUGGAAGUGUUGGAAAUAUUCUUGUGUUAUACAUUUAUUCGAACAGAAAAGAUAAUAAAACAUGUACAUUAUUUAUUAAAGUGUUAGCAGUUGUCGAUUUAACAAUUUGUAUUCUAAUAGCUCCAUUAGAAUUAUAUCAAACAACACAAGGCAUAUAUACCGAAUUUUUAUGUAAAAUUUAUGCAUUUUUAUCUACACACGUAUUAUAUUCAACAUUUUUAAUCACAAUAAUUGCAUUCGAUCGUUAUUUUUGCAUAUGUUGGCCAUUAUAUAAAAUCAUUACCAUAAAACCUAUCAUACCAAUGUGUGAAUAUUCAACAAUUGAACAUCAUCUUCAAAUGCAUGCGAACGAAUCAUAUAUUGGAGAAAUUUAUGUAAAUGUAGAACUACAUAAACCACUUAUCGAUCGAACAACUGUCUUAGAAAAUACUACUCAUGUCAAAUGUUCGCCGAGAUUUAGCUAUCUAUUAUUAACGUCAUUUUCUUAUAUUCAUGCAUAUCGGCGAUUUCAUUCGGCUAUAUUUGCUGUUUGUACAUUACUCGUAUUAGUGUUAUACGGACUUAUUUAUCGAGCUGUAUACCAGCGACGUUGUCAACGAACAAGAAAAUUAUCACAAUAUCGACGGAUUGUUCGUAGUUAUAUAAUUAAUGAUGAAACAAAUAAACGUCAAAUCAAACUUCGACGCUAUAAUUCAUCACCUACAACAUUAAAAUUAUUAUGUUGUUAUUGUUGUCGGAAUAGUGAUGAUAUUAUACACCAUUUUCAACGAGAUCGAUUACCAUCACAUUAUGAACCAUCACAACUACCAACAGGAAAUCAUCAUAAUAAUCGACAUCGUCAUAAGGAACAUCCGUUUGCCGAUACGAACGGUAUGAGAAAUGGUUUAAAAUCGAAUACAGUUGUAAUGGAAGUGAAUGGUGCAAGAGGAAAACGAUACAGUACAAUAAGUACAACGAGUAUCACGUAUUUGACCAGCGGUGUAUGGGAUGAUUCAUCGACAGUACGCUCGAGAAUCAAUUCAAUAACGGCCACAAGCUAUUGCGGUGAACACAGCUCCAGUCGUCCUUCAACAUCCACAGAAGACUCAUUCGAUCAUUCUCAUCUUUCAUUAUCUUACAGACCUACAUCACCGUCGAUAUCACACGCAACAUCUACACAUCUCACAAUACCAACAUUUAGCCCAUCAACGCCAGGUCGUGGAACGACGACAUCAACGUUGGAAAAUCUUCAGAAAUGUAAUAUUAAUAUAAUGGUAACGGAGUUUGCUGACAUAACGGAGGCUGAUGAAGCCAACGAAGACAAUACGAGUACAUUACGCAUAAAUACUGGAACAACAAUACCAAGAAGUAUUACACAAAGUAUUGCCGAACAGUCAGCAUUAACAACAUCGUCAACUAUUCUUAAAACGGGCAAUGUAGCAUUGAAACGAACGUCAGAUGAGUCAGUAUUUUCUAGUCAAUCAACGGCAAACACGCUAGAAUCAAGAGCAUCUCAACAACAGAACAGAAAAGUUUCAUUCGUAAAUCCUCGCAGUAAAUUUCCAGAUGACUUAACUGAACAACAAAAUUCUACAAUGACUCCAUCAGUAUCAAGACAAAGUUUAUCAGUGACCAAUAUUAAUUCAACACAAAAUCCAUUAAAUACCACCGAUAGUCGAAAAGCAUCAAUAUCAUCUCGGCGUCCAUCAACAUUUGAUUGUGAAACUCAACGAAUGUUAGAACGUCAAGAAACUCAAGAACGUCUAUCAAAUAUUCGUACAACAUUAACAUUAUUUAUGGUUACAGCUACAUUUAUUAUGAUGUACUUACCAUCCAUAGUUCAUACACUAUUUUAUAUUAAACCACAUUUAUUUCGUGAAGUGCUAUGGCUAUUGUUUUAUGUGAAUAGUGCUGCUAAUCCACUUAUAUACAGUUUUUUCAAUGUAAAUUUUCGCAAUGAUAUCAAACGAAUUUAUGAAUGUCAAAGACGACAACACAUGGCAAGACAUGGAUAA